AUGAAUCCCAAAGAGUGGACCCCAAUCGACCUGGAUGUGCCCGGCUUCGGCACUCUCGCUGGUCUUUGUUUCGAUAACAAUGUCUGUCAGUACAUGGGUGUCCCCUACGCAACAGUCCCAGGCCGGUUCCGCCGCCCGCAGCCAGUCUCGAAACCCUGGCCCAGUGGAAAAUGGGACGGCACUAAGCUUGGCCCAGAACGACCGUGGGUUGACAACCCCAAGACAAGUUCCAGUGAUUGCCUUAGCCUGAACAUAUCCGUGCCCUCCAAACCGCCCGUAAAUGCAGGCGAAGGCCACUACCCUGUCAUGAUCUUUAUGCAUGGGGGUGCUUUUGUCUACGCUGCCGGCGGUGCUGCUAUAUAUGAUGGUCGUGCACUGGCUGAUAUCUCACAACAACUCAAUGAGCCCACAAUUAUCAUUUCGGUUAACUUUAGACUUGGGGUCUUUGGCUUCUUGGCAAGCAAAGAGAUUCAAGAGUAUAAUCUUGAGUUUGGGGAAAGUGGUGUCGGAAAUUAUGGACUCUGGGAUCAAGUUGAGGCCCUUCGCUGGGUCCAGAAAAACAUCCGCGCCUUUGGCGGAGACCCAGACAGGGUCACGCUCUUUGGCCAGAGCGCUGGAGGUGGUAAGUAUAACCUCAAUAUGUCAUAUCACCACGACUGCGUCAAACUGUCAAGAGAGAAGCUCAUAAUAAUAGUUUCCGCCAACGUCCAUCUUCUCCGCAACGAACCUCUCUUCUCGUCUACAAUCAUCCAGUCAGGGCUACUCCCCCUCUGUGGCGUUAUGACAGUUGAACAAUAUCAAGUCAUCUACGAUAAGAUGCUCGCAGAACUCGACAUUUCCACAGAACUACCACCAAGAGAACGUCUACAGCGCCUAAUAGAUAUGGACGAGGGCAAAGUCACAGCAGCUAUGGUGCCCGUCUGCGUCAUUCCCGUUAUAACCUUCAGCCCGUGUGAUGACAAUGUCCUCAUCAGACAGCCCAUGCCCAAAUACAGUGACUAUUCCAGUUUCAAAGCGCCAUCUUGGUGCCAACGGAUCAUCAUUGGCGACGUCAAGAACGAAUGCGUUAUCUGGAACAAAAGCUUUAGAUCCCUUAACUCGAAAGAGUUUACAGAUAGGGUCUAUUCCUUCCUUGGCUCAAAGGAGAAAGCGGACAAACUUCUUUCUCUUUACCAAGUUAAUCCCUCAGCAGACGGCGAUGACAACUUUUGGAAGAUGGAAGAAUUUACCACACAUGGCCUCUAUUCGGCGGUGAAUUGGUCAUUGAUUCGGGCAUACCCUACAGUUUAUGCAUAUCAUUUUGACGUGCCUUCUCCCUUUGAUAACGACUGGAGUGGACUGGCCCAUCAUUCGCUAGACAAUGUGUACAUCUGGUCUCUUCUUAGCCAGCAUCUCCCGGCUUCACAUCGCCAGGUCUCAGCGCAAAUGUCCAAGAUGUGGAUUACCUUUGCCGGUGGCAACGAUCCUUGGGAGCGGUUUGAUAAGAGUGGCAAGAUCAUGGUCUUCCAACCUGGAGAAGGCGUACUCAAGACGAUUGAGGAGGACAGCGCACGAGGAUACAAGAAAUGGGAAGAAAUUGAGCGCAUUGGUCUCCUUAACGAUUUCCAUCGUCUGUCUGAUGAGCUUUGUAUGAGGAGAGAAGAGUUGACGAAUGCCACAGUAGCACCAAGGGCACUUCAGGUAGAUAGCAUGGAAGCUUACGGCAUUAAACCCAAGCCAAGGGCUGCCGAUAUUUAA